UCUCGGUUUCGUCUCCUAGAGCACGUGGGUUCUUGUUUGGAGCGGGCCCGGAAGUUUCGUUCCGCCGGCUCAUUGGGAAGGGCUGAGUUGAGGAAGGGUGCCCGUCUUAUCGGGAAAGAUAUAAGCCAGUGCCGGCAGGUUACGGGGGGUUCAGUCGGACCGGACUGAUUUGGGGGAGAUACCGGGCAUUUCCUCGCCCCCGCAGAUAAAAGAAUCCAGAAAUGGAGGAGAAAAAAAACAAAAGGAGAAGUCCCAAGUCAUCCAUGACUCACGUCAGUCAGGUUCACAACAAUAAGAAAAACACUGUGCCUUCUAGCAAAAAUAUAGCAUUUGCUAAUUCAGCAUCCCAGGUUCAUUUACAAAGACCAAAGCUUAAAAGAGGUGUGAAAGAGAAAGCCAAAACACCAGGAGUGGAAAACAAAGGAUCCCAGUCAGCUCCAAUCCAGCAUUCAUUUCUCACAGAUGUAUCAGAUGUCCAAGAAAUGGAAAAAGGACUUCUGAGUCUCCUGAAUGACUUCCAUUCUGGAAAACUGCAAGCAUUUGGAAAUGAAUGUUCUAUUGAGCAAAUGGAACAUGUAAGAGAAAUGCAAGAGAAGUUGGCCCGCUUGAACUUGGAGCUUUAUGGAGAGUUGGAAGAACUCCCUGAAGAUAAAAGAAAAUUAGCUAGUGACUCUAAUCUGGAUAGAUUGUUGUCAGAUCUGGAAGAACUGAAUUCUUCUAUACAGAAACUUCACUUAGCAGAUGUUCAAGAUCUUCCGAAUACCAGCACAAGCUAAAUCUGCCGUUUUCUUGCUUCUUUGGGGGAUCCAAGUUCUCGUAUUUAAUUUCCAGCAGACUGUUCCUUGCUUUUGUAACAACAUGUUUGAAAUAAUUAAUAUGUGCACACAUUCCUCUUAGCAGACAUGUAUUGUUGCGGCCUUGUCAGGCUUGAAGCUUAGGCUACAGUAUGGCCAUGUUUUGCUGCUAUGCUUUGUAUUGUUGCCUUAACCUCUGUGAAAAGUGGGGAAACUUGAAAGAGCAUUUUUAAAAUGGAAAAAAAAGAGUUAAUAAUGAGCUGUGCCGUGCCUGCUUCCUUUUCCACAAUGUAGACAAUCAGCACAUGCUCAGUGAUGCCAUUAAAUGAAUGUUUAAUUUAUUUUAGCAAUAAAAUUAUUUU